CGAGGAGGUUUUUGGUAUUAAAGUCAAACUCUGAAUCUUCACUCUCCUACAUUGUGCUGAGAGUUUCACACACAGCACCAUGCUGACCACAGGGGCCCUGCUCAUAAUGAGCUUGAGUGUGCUCAGUGCACAUGGACAUGACCCGAAUCUGGAUGACUUUUAUGUUGACUAUGGGUAUGACUACACCACCGACGCCCCAGGCACUUAUUUUGACAUAAACGACUGGUUGUUUGACCUCAUGGACGAGUCCAAUGUUUGUGAUCCAAACCCUUGCUUCAAUGGUGCCGCGUGCCAAAGUAAUUCCGAUACAGAAUUCACAUGCACAUGUUCUGAGCCUUACAUAGGGAAGAGGUGCCAAAAAGUGAGAAAUGUUUGCGAGAAGGUCAGAUGUGGUCACGGUACCUGUGUCCUCAAUGUAACGAAACCCCCGUAUUAUGAGUGCAAGUGCAGACCUCCCUACCAAGGCACCGACUGCAAGACAUUGCCAACGUCCGCCUGUGAACCCAAUCCUUGCCAGAAUGGAGGCUCUUGCACAAAAGGGAACCGCCGCAUGCGCUGUUUUUGUCCUGAUGGAUAUACUGGGAAGUUCUGUGAAAUUGCUUCCACUGACUGCUAUGUGGGAGAUGGAGAGACAUACAGGGGUGUCGUCAGUAUAACAGAAGACGGGAAGGAGUGUCUGGACUGGCAUUCCCAUUUCAUUGUGUUAAACGGGGACGAUCCUUUCUCCACGUACUCAGACUUUACUGGACUGGAAUAUAACAACCACUGCAGGAACCCAGAUGGGGAUGACAAGCCUUGGUGUUACAUUAAAAAGCAAAGAAGCCUGGAGUGGGGUUACUGCAAAGUCAAGAAGUGCACUGAAGUCCCAGCCACUCCACCCACAUCAGUCCAACCACUGCCAGGCCCUGCCCAGUUCUCCCAGUGUGGGAUUACAUCCACGCCUCCUCGCAACAGCAGGAUUUUUGGGGGCAGCAAGUCUUGCCCCGGCGCCCACCCCUGGCAGGUGUCCGUGCAGACCAGACCCAAAGACACAACCAUUCCGUUUGACCACUUCUGUGGUGGGAUCCUGCUCUCGUCCUGCUGGGUCCUCACUGCUGCCCACUGCGUUGAAUCUGGUAAUGAUUACCAAGUGGUGCUGGGAGGAGUGAACGUCAACAUACAGGAAGAGAUGGACCAGACCAUCCCAGUAAUAGAAUCCAUUGUUCAUGAGAACUACAGGAACACUCCGGCCGCUCUUUACAACGACAUUGCGCUGCUUAAACUCAAAGUUACGGACAGCCCUUACUGCGCCAAGGAAACUCGCUUCGUGAAAACAGUGUGUCUACCAGACCAGGUCUUCCCAGCUGGAAAGGAGUGUGUGAUCUCUGGAUGGGGAGCCACUGAAACCCAGAGGUACAGCCCCCAGCUGUUGAACGCUCGUGUUUUCCUGAUCUCUGAUAAGAAGUGCGAAACUCCUGAGGUCUACGGAAAACGACUGGACGGCAGCAUGAUCUGCGCAGGGACUUUGCAGGGGGGCAUCGACUCCUGUCAGGGCGACUCAGGUGGACCUUUGGUGUGUGAGCGAAAUGGCACAAACUACAUCACCGGUGUGGUGAGCUGGGGAUUGGGCUGUGCUGAGAGGAACAAGCCUGGCGUCUACGCCAACGUGCACGCAUUUUCCAGCUGGAUCAAAAGCAAGAUGAACUGAACUACAUUAGUUCAAUAAUUCCGGCGCUGUUUUUCCCUGAAGAGAAAGACAGACGACAGCUCAGUUUGCCUUGAAAAAAAAACAGUUUAUUUGAUCAGCGAUAAAUCCAAGCAUUUACUCCCAGCCCAGCUUUGAGUUAAAAAGGGGGCACCGAUACGAACUCACGAAAGCUGAACCUGCCAGACACAUCAUUUCAGUCGGCCUAUACUUCUUUCUUCACUGAGCCUAGCUCAAAGUGCGCUAGAUUAGCAGACCUUGUAAGAAAACUGCAUUGCUUUGCAUGGCUGUGACAACAUUUGUGCCGUGAACUCGCAGCCUGUGUUCGUCUCUAAAGAUUAAAAAAAAAAAAAAAUGAUGAAAAAAUCCUCUGCAGUGCUGGCCAUCUUCUAAACACACUCAAUAUACAAAUUGCAAACUUUCCUUUUCAUAUUUCAAACGGCAUCACUUUUGUCCUGAAACAACCUGAAUUCAGUUUCUUGAUGUUUUUGCUUGAACUGGUGUUUAACGUGGUCCUUUAGAGGCGAUUUAACCCAUUCAAGUUCUGAUAAAAUGUCGAAAAAUACCUUGCAAUAAAUCUGAUAAUAAAG